AGCACACACCGGUCUCAUCCACUUCAGGAAGCCGGAUCCCUUCAGUGGGAGGAGGAGAGCAGAGUCACACAGCUCCCACCUCUGGGGCUUUACAACAAAAGACUGGUCACAGGAGAAAAGUGCAGGGGGAAGAUACAACCAGGGGAAAGGAAUAAAGAAGACACGGGAGGGGGAGGAGGAGUAAAAGAUAGAGAAAGCAAACGAAAGAAAAACACAAAGCCCAGGAAAUUACAGCUAACGCGACAUCUCAGACAUGGAAAAUGGAAGAAGGAGAUGGUGGGGCGGAGAGAUAUGUUUGGGUUAACAGCACGUCCGCACACUCACAGAAUGUUGCUAAAGCAAAGUAUGAGUUUUUGUUUGGUGAAGGCAACAAAACGACAGAUGAGAAAGAAAUAUGUGUUGAUGACCCUGGAAACACCAGAUUACUCCCACAGACAUCUAGCGUUAACAAUGAAUUUCCAGAAUAUGGGACAACAGAGCACAGAGAGAAUGACACAUUCAGAAAUGCUUGUGGCUAUGCAGGGGGACCUAAGCAAUGUUUAGAUGAAAUUAAAGAGCUUGAACAGCUCUACCUAAACAAUUCAGUUGUACAGAACGAAACGUCAACUGUAACACAUUUACACGAAGAACACAAGUACAGUGAACAAUGUUUACAAAACAAUAGUGUGGACAAUAAAGUUUCUUCAAAAGUCAUGAUAACAUCUGGAGACCUCAACCCAGAGUCUCCUCAGGAUUCUGAUCAAACACCUCUCUGUCUUGAACAUUUAGAAAAUAGUUUAGUUAAUUCCAAUGUUACUCCCACGCAAGAUGAACAAAUUGAAGUACAAAUGGUUACAAAUCAAGAAGAAACGGCAGAAGCAUCUGCAAUGCCUGAUGCCCAUGCAGAAAAGAAAUCCUUUUUAUAUGUAGAAAGGGAGUUGCCUGCAAUUUCUGAAGAGGAGACCCUUUCAGAGUCUUCCUUAUCACAAGUUACAGAAAUUACAGAUUUUCCUAGAUCACAAUAUAGUGCUUUUUCAGUCCCAUCUACAAGUGUUCUGGAACUUAAUAACAAAAUGGAGGAUGAUAUAAAAAACUGUACUGUUGUGACAAAAACAGACGGACAGGAGGAAUGUAGAAACUUUCAGGUAGAAACGUCAGAAGAGCUAACGUCAAAAAAUGCUGCUAAAGAUAUUUCAAAGGUACAAAUAGAAACUGUAGAACAGCACGAUGAAACAUUUGAGGAUGAAGAUCAUUGUCAUUCGUCAUUGUUAUCCAAAAUAAGUCACAUUCCAACAACCUCAGAGAGGACUAGGGGAGUUAGGGGCUCAUCUGUAUCAUCUGUUACUUCAAGGCAUAGGAGUGAUUCUGAUACGUGUCUGCAGCAAGGAGUAGACAAUGAAGUUUUCUUAAAAGAAACUGAUGCUUGUGAUGAAAUAUCAGUGCCUGUUCGUCUUUCCCAAAGUUCUAGGAUUGGGACUGAUGAUCACUAUGAGGAUGCAUUUGGGUCAAAGAGGUGUUCAGAGGACUCCACUGACCUUUACAGCUCUCAGUUUGAGAACAUAUUGGAUAAUACAUCCUUGUACUACAGCGUGGAGUCACUUGAUACUUUAUACUAUGAACCUGAUAGUUUCUUCAGUUUUGAUAUGCCACUCACACCUAUGAUUCAACAGCGGAUUAAGGAGAGCAGUCAUUUUAUGGAGAGGAGCACUCCAGCUGAGGACCGUCAGGAGUUCCUCAAAGUUGAUACAAAGUGUGGAAUUACAAUGGGUUACUGCAACGAGGUCAUUAAUGGCCUGGAUGACAUCACAGGAAUAGAGUUCAGCAAAACGAGUGAAGAAGUGUCAUUCUCAGGAAGUGAUGUAGGUCCGAGCUGCAAACCUCUAGAAUCCUCCCAUGACAUGGGCAGCACUGAACUCAUAAAGAAAGAAAGCACUAAAAACCUCAGCAAUGGGACCAACAGUAAUGUACAAGCUGCUAAAUGCCUGGCCAAACGCCUCUACAAACUGGAUGGGUUUAAACGGUCUGAUGUUGCAAAGCACUUAGGAAAAAACAAUGAAUUCAGUAGGCUUGUGGCUGAAGAGUACAUUAAAUAUUUUGAUUUUACGGGGAUGUCCCUUGAUCAAUCACUCAGGUAUUUCUUUAAAGCUUUUUCACUUAUAGGGGAGACUCAGGAAAGGGAGAGAGUCUUAAUCCACUUCUCCAACAGAUAUUUUCAGUGCAAUCCAAACAGCAUGUCCUCUGCAGAUGGAGUGCAUUGCCUUACCUGUGCAAUAAUGCUGCUUAACACAGACCUGCAUGGACACAACAUUGGAAAGAAGAUGAACUGUCAAGAAUUCAUUGCCAACCUUCAAGGGGUGAAUGAAGGGAAAGAUUUCCCUCGAGGGCUUCUCAAGGCUUUGUAUAAUUCAAUCAAAAAUGAAAAGCUGGAAUGGGCUGCGGAUGACCCUGAAGCAAUGAAAAAAUCUCCAUCUGACAGCAAUGAUGACAAACCCAAUGGAAUGCAAUCAAAGGGUGUGAGCAGAAUCGGAAGCAGCAGCAAUCCUUUCUUGGAUAUACCCCAUGACCCAAAUGCUGCAGUGUACAAGGCUGGAUUCCUUGCCCGAAAAAUUCAUGCAGACAUGGACGGCAAGAAAACUCCAAGGGGAAAGCGAGGUUGGAAGACUUUCUAUGCUAUAUUGAAGGGAACUGUGCUUUAUUUGCAAAAGGAUGAAUAUAAGCCAGAGAAGGCCCUCUCAGAAGAUGAUUUAAAAAACGCUGUUAGUGUACAUCAUGCCCUAGCAUCAAAAGCAACAGACUACGAAAAAAGGCCCAAUGUCCUGAAACUUAAAACGGCAGACUGGAGAGUUUUUCUCUUUCAAGCCCAGAGCAGUGAGGAAAUGGAAUCAUGGAUUAACAAAAUCAAUUGUGUUGCUGCAGUAUUUUCCGCCCCACCAUUCCCAGCUGCGAUUGGCUCACAGAAAAAAUUCAGCCGACCAUUACUUCCUGCAACUACCACCAAAUUGUCUAAGGAUGAACAGUUGAGAUCACAUGAAACUAAACUCAAGCAGAUCUCCACUGAGCUGGCUGAGCAUCGUUCCUACCCACCAGAUAAAAAAGUAAAAGCAAAGGAAAUAGACGAGUACAAAAUGAAAGAUCACUACUUGGAGUUUGAGAAAACUCGAUAUGAGGUUUAUGUGAAACUGCUUAAAGAUGGAGGCAAAGAUCUGCUUGUCACUGGCGAAAAUGAUAACAACGCGCUCAAGAAAUCUCAUUCCAGCCCGUCACUGACUCAAGAUUCAUCUCCAGCCAGUGCCAAGGUGAAACGCAAUGUGUCAGAGAGGAAGGACUACAGGCCAGAGACACCUAGCAUCAAGCAGAAUGUCACCUAAAAAAAAAACAAGCAUGGAAAAAAGAAAAAGCUGGAGUCAGCCAUCAAACGCAGCAAAAGAUAUCAUCCGUCACACUUGUCACUAUUUGUGGUCCAUUCAAACAACAAAAUAAGUCUGUGACUUAGUAGCAUUUAUUUUUGUUUUUGCUGUUGACUGCUCAGAAUGUUGUAGAUGUCUUUGUUCCAAAUCUGCAGAGUGUGGUCACUUUGGCUUUAAAUACCACCUAUGCUGCAGGUGUACUCCAGCGCUAAAAAGAUUAAUAUUCUUUUUUUUUUCUUUAUUCAAGGGGAUACAUUUCAGGACAGUGUAUAUAUGAAUUGUGCCUGUCCCAAACAUUUUCACCCUCAUUCAUUGACCAUUUUAAUAUUGUUUUAAUUAUGUCUUGCAUAAAACUGCUCGAUAUUGCUAGAAAAAGUCCAAAAUAUAUAUUUUUUAAAUAAGCCACAGUGUUUACCACUGAAGGAAGCUUAGUUCGAGGUCUGAUUGUAUAAUUUUACGGUACUAUGUUCUGCUGGACUUAAAUCUUUGCUAAUUUAGGAUCCAAACCAUUCAUACUCCUAUGGACUUGAUAGUAAUGGACCAAUUUAAAUGCUGCACUGUAUUUAUUCAUAUAUAUUUUUUUUACCGUUAUAAUGCUGAUAACUUGCAGCUUUCAGCAUCUGCAUUUUGUAUACUUUAACCAUAAACAUAUCAUCUCUUCAGUGUAUUCUUCUAGGAUUAGCCAAUUAAUGAAUGUACUGUACAGUUUUCAUCUCAGUAUCUAGUCGAGUAGAAACAUCAUUUUGUUUAAGCCUCAAUAUACAUAUUACAUAUAGUAUAAGAAUUUAGGAUUAGUAACCUGUACACUAUGCCUAAGGCUCUUAUUCGUAGAAGAAGCUUAAUAUUUUCUCAAGACAGGCACUGUGUACCCUGCACACAACGCACAGAUGUUGCCAUCAUGUGGCGUUGCAGAACCUUUUCGGUUUUGAUCUGUUUUAUCGUUUUUCACUAUUGUAACUCGGUUAUGGGCCUUGCUUUCCUUUUGAAUGCACACUGUGCUAUAUUUUGUUUCAUUUUGGCUGUUCCAAAUAUGAAAUGGGUCAGGAGUUGGAGAACAUGUAGAAAUUGUAUCCAAAGGUUUGUGGGAGAAAAGUAAUAUUGAAAGAAAAGUCUUGCUAGACUCUUUCUUGAGCACAUAUGUUUUGCCUUUAACAAGAGACAUUAUCACUAGCUUUAUUUGAUGCAUGUGCUCAUUUAAAGGGAUAUAAAUAGUGUUCUAUUUAACAAUUGUUGUAAUUUAAAAUGUGCUAAAAGCAGUCUCUUUUUCUUUUUUUUUUAACACCAAGAUUUACACUUCAUGCACCCACCCGUUGCUGCUGUUUGAUAAUAGGCAGAGGGUGAUUGGAGCGCACAUGUCUGUCUAUUUAGCACAGCAAUCAGCAGCUCAGUACACUAAGUGAUCAAUACAUGGGUCAUCUUAAUUUUGCUGAUCUUUGUGUUUUAAUAAAGGGUAGAUUUUUUUUUUAUGUUCCACAGUGUGGUACAGUAUUAUUGAGAUUUAAAGCGACAUUCGAGUGCAAAAAGUGCGCGCUCUAAUUUGUUAGAUUCUGCAACUCUAUGUGCUUAACCCCCAUUUGAAAGCCACAGAGAACUGCUGGUCCCGAGCAGGAAAACAGCGAGCUUUAGCAGAUGCUUGUGUUCAGCUUUGCAGCUCUGAGCAGGACUUAAACUAUGCGUUUAACCCCUUUCAUGGGGUAAACACAUAGUUGCAGCAUAGACAGUGCUAAUUAGAGAUUGCAAUUUUUGCAUUAGAAUAUCCGUUUAAGACCAUUUUAGCUCAAAACUAAUAGAAGUGUAUAGCUCAAGGCUCCCCAACACUAAAUGAGUUUUAACAAAGCAUUUUUUUUUUUUUAUUAACAACAAAAUUAUAUUUUUGCUGCUAUGUAUGUUGCGUAUGAAUGCAGGAAUUUUUACUCAUUUCAUCGCUUUAUGUAUUUCCAGUACUGGCUACAAAAAAAGUUGGUAAUUCAUAGAUGUACUGUUGCUUAGAACUUUGCAAUUCACACAGAAUGCUUGGAUGCAGAACCCAAAAGGUACAAUUACUGUCAGAUAGCAUAACUCAACAUAACAGAAUACAUACAUAGCAACAAGUCUUUCAUGAGAGGUCGUGGCAAAAUGGCUACUUACUUUGAAAUGAUAAAUCAAGAUGAACUGAUGUUAUCAAGAGUUCACCCUUGAUCUGCCAAAAGUUACAUCUGUUGACUGAGAUAGGUUUAAAUACAUACACACACACACACACACAUAUAUGUAUGUGUAUAUAUAGCUAUAUAUCUACCUACCUAAAUCUAUCUCUUAAUAUAUAUGUGUGUGUGUGUGUGUGUAUAUAUAUAUUUAUUCAUCUAUCUUCCUAAAUCUCUCUCUCAAUGUAUGUGUGUGUGUAUAUA